UGUAUAUAUAUAUAUAUCCAACUGCUUUCAGCAUUUCAUCAUCAACUCCCCCCUACUUCACAAUCUCCUCCCCUCUCUUUUCUCCCAUCGUCAGAAGUAGAAACCCUAGUAAAAAUGGGCCAACAACAUGAUCAUUCGUUAGGCAACAUCAUCGGCGGCAACGAGCUCCUCGAAGCUCAGGCUCGCGCAUGGAACCACACCUUCAACUACAUGAUCUCCAUGGCCCUGAAAUGCAUCGUCGACCUCGGCGUCCCCGACGCCAUCUCAAAGUCACCGGAACAACCCGUCUCACUCUCCAACCUCGCCGCCGCCAUCCCCCUCCACCCUUCCAAAAACGAUGCCCUACGCCGCCUCAUGCGGCCCCUCACCCACGCCGGCUUCUUCACCACCACCGCCGUCCUCGCCGGCGGAGAAGAAGCCGAAGAUCAUUACUCCCUCACCACCGCCGGCAAGCUCCUCCUCCGCGGCGGCCCUCAGUCACCGUUCAUAGAGCUUUUUCUGGACGCGACGACGAUGACGUUGUGGGGGAUGCUGAGCGCGUGGUACCUGUACAGCGCCGACGCGGUGCCGUUCGAGGCGGGGCACGACGGCGCGUCGUUUUGGGAGUGCAUGGAGAAGGACCCGGCGCAGAAGAAGGCGUUCUACGAGACCAUGGUCGGGGACUCCAAGCUGGUGGCCGGCGUGCUGGUGUCGGAGUGCAGGGAGGUGUUCGACGGUGUGGAGUCGCUGGUGGACGUCGGCGGCGGGACGGGAACCAUGGCCGUCGCCAUUGCCAGGGCUUUCCCCAAGUUGAAUUGCACCGUGUUUGAUCUCCCUCACGUGGUUGCGGGCGUGAAGGAAAAAGGUGGCGGCGAUGUUGAGAAUUUGCAUGUUGUUGGCGGGAGCAUGUUUGAGAAAAUCCCACCCGCUGAUGCAGUCCUCCUCAAGUGGAUUCUUCAUGACUGGGAUGACGAGGGAUGCUUGAAGAUCUUGAAGUGCUGUCGGGAGGCGGUCGCUGGUGACGAGGAGAAGAAGAAGAAGAAAGGGAAAGUGAUCAUCGUAGUGUUGACACCUAAAAUUAAUUUGACCUGA